GCUGAAAGUCUUGUUGUGUCUUUAAUGUAUCCAGAGAUAGGAGCUCUGUGCUUGACUCAGGCUGCAGCUGACUUUUACAUGCAGGAUACAGUGUGGGAAUAACUCUGGACAAAUUGCUGCUGGUAACAUGGAUUGCCAAGGUCGCUCAUUAUUCUGCUUAUAAGAUGGAUUGACACACGAAUGCAUGAUUUGGUCCACAAUCUGCAAUGGAAACGUGGCCGGUCGUGGCCUGGAUCCUUCUGAUUGCUGGCUGGCGCGAUACAGUUCAAGCCAGAGACUUCACCGCACAAGAUAUUAUCUACCUUUAUCCUUCAACAACCCCAUACCCUGGGGGAUUUAAAUGUUUCACCUGUGAGAACGCCAGAGAUAAUUUUGAAUGUAAUCGAUGGGCUCCUGAUCUGUACUGCCCCAGAGAGAGCAGAUACUGCUAUACUCAGCAUAUUAUGGAUUCUUCAGGAGAAAGUGUGUUGGUGACAAAACGUUGUGCCUCUCUAGAACACUGCCGAGAGGCGGGAUGCCAGGAAUCCAAGCACAGGGGUGAAAAGAUUUGCACUACCUGUUGCGAAGGAAAUAUCUGCAAUUUGCCUUUACCAAGAAAUGAAACAGAUGCCUUUUUUUCACCCUCUCCACUAAAUAAUUCAGAAAGACAUUCGAUACACAGCCUAACCCUCUUAUUGCCUGUAUAUAUAUUAUGGCUUUUACUGACGUAACACCUACAGAAGCAGCAUGAGGCACAGUCCAAAACCCUGUGACGAAUGGGAUAGAUUUACUUCAUAAACUGAGUAACACAGACCAAGGCUCGGCACCUAAUGUAGACCUCAUCUCCCAUGAGCCUUUUUCAGGCUUCCUUCUCGUAGCUUAAAGGCUGGCUGAGAAUCAUGGGAAAGGUAAUUCGCACAUCAGCAGAGUCAAGUCGCCACGUCGAUCUAGAUUGUACAGUGAUAUUUUUUAUUUUUUUAUUUUCCUUUACAUAGGAUAAUUUUGCCAGACCAUUUUUGCUUUUUGUGUUUUACCAGCUUAUUGUGAAAAUGUAGACAUUUGUAAACAGAGUCAUACUAAUAUCUGGAGCUCCCUGUAAGCACCAUUUUACAGUUAUCCUACCACUAAGGACAAGACAAAUAUGUGGUGACAGGAAAAAGCUGGGUAACCAUACUGGGGGAUACGAACAUUUGUCAUACACAUCACUUUUGCCACAGUCUUAAAACGGUGCUCUGGCCAACUGGAUAUUUAGCCUUACCGAAAAUCUAUACAUUUUCUCUGACUCGUCUGUGUGAUCUGCGUCAAUUCACAAAACGGAACGGAAUGUGAUUUAGAACAGCACUGUAAAGCUACACAAAGAAUGUGUUUGCCUUGGAUCAAUUUAUCUGCUGAAAAGAUAGCAUGGCUUAAUGUGUAGACUUAAAAAGGUGCAGGGGUGGGGGUACAAAAAAUCUGAAUAAGUGAAAUAAUAUUGAUUUAAGACCUUCAAAGGGGUCAAAAUGGUAUCAUAGAAAAUGAGCAUUCAUUCGGCUCUACAAACCAGCACAAAUAUGAAUUCUAAAAACAACGAUGAAAUAUUUGGUGGCUGGGGUUAGGCAGUUGACGUUUUGCGAUCAUGUCAUGGCAAAAGUAAUUUUUUUGUGCUGAUCACCUCUCAGGCCUCAUAUUGAUACAACAUGUUUCUAAGACAGAUAAAAUGUAUUUAUUAUAAGCACUUAUUUCUUGGUAAUUAAGGAUUACUCAUAUGUUUUUGAAGCAUGUUUAAAAAAAGUUUAAUGUACGGUACUUGUUAAUUAAAACCAGCAAAACAUCAUUAGCAUAAUUUAUAAGCUAUAAAACUGCCUGUAAUUCUUUGCCUGAGGAUAUUAUUGGCAUGUUAGUUCAAAGCAAGCUGACAUAGUAUUCAAAUCAGCAAGUUAUACUCACCUGUUCACAAUCAGGAGAGAGAUCGCCUGAGUUAUAAAACACACAGGGAUUUAUUCACUAAACUGAGAACUGUCAAAAAUUGACCAAAUAAUUUACCUUUUUAGCUUAAAAGAAGCUGAAUUGGAGAAUUUCUUAUCUUUUUUUUGCAGGGUAAAAUAAUCAUAUUGUAUCCAUUGUUAAGUUGGAGAAUGUUUCCAGAUGAGCAGUUUUUGUCUAAAAUUUGCAGUUGGAUUUCCCAUUCACUACAGUUCACUAAUCGUUUUUUCCCCGUAAAGAUGUAGAGUAUCCG